AUGCUUGGAAGCCUGCCGGGCCUGGGACAUACAUCGCAGAACAAAGAGGUGAAUCAAACACAGACGCUUUAUCAGACCAUCUAUAUAACCCUCAACUAUUUCCUAGCUUCACCUCUUCUACAACCAACCUGUCCUAUCCUCAGGCUUGCCUCUACAUCAGGCAGAACUCUCCAUCUAUCUACUUCGACCAACUAUCUCCACCUCGCGCCGAACAAACACAAGAGCCAUAACUCCGAAAUCGUACCCGAAGACGCAAAGACAAGAUGUGUUUCCGGGACUCGCGCAACAGCUCAUCAGCGUCUGGCUGGGAAGCCCCCAGACCGCACUACAACCCGAACUACAGCUACGCCGGCCACCAGAAACAGAAGAAAAACAAGCACGGACCUGGUUAUAGCUAUGGGUAUGGCGGGUAUGGUGGAGGCGGACAUGGUCACGGCCAUCACGGUCAUCACUGCGGGGAUGGAGGGGGUGGAGGAGGAGGAGAUGGAGGGGGAGGGGGAGGCGGAUGUUAGAUCUGGAUUUGAAGUCAUGAGCUGA